CAGUGGGCGUGGCAAAGGGUUCGUCCAAGACAACCAGGAGUGGUCGGAAUCCUUUUCCCCAUCCUUCCCUUCCCCUUCCCCUGCCUGGAAAGGCUGAGACCCGGCACCCCGGCUACCCCGCGGCCGCCGUGGCCUCAGCUCCAGUCUGGCCCCGCGUCCGGAGAACCCAGGCCGCGUCCAGAGCGAUUACUCCUGAUUGUGACAUCAUACCUACCCCUUGGCCAUGAAACUUGUCACUAGGAAGAAAGGCUCAGUUGGAGAAUAGCCAACAAGAUGGGAUCCUUGGAGCAUUUCCUGAGUGGCCCAGAGCGGAGGCAUCAGGGGGUUGGAACCUUGUAAACAGGGAGCCUGCCCCCACCACCUGGAAGGACCUGGGUUUCAGUGAUGAGACAUGGGGUAUGACGUAACGCGUUUCCAGGGGGACGUUGACGAGGACCUUAUCUGCCCUAUUUGCAGCGGAGUCUUGGAGGAGCCAGUACAGGCACCUCACUGUGAGCAUGCUUUCUGCAACGCCUGCAUCACCCAAUGGUUCUCUCAGCAGCAGACGUGUCCGGUAGACCGCAGCGUUGUCACGGUCGCCCACCUGCGCCCCGUACCCCGGAUCAUGCGGAACAUGCUGUCAAAGCUGCAGAUCGCCUGUGACAACGCUGUGUUUGGCUGCAGUGCUGUUGUCCGGCUUGACAACCUCAUGUCCCACCUCAGUGACUGUGAGCACAACCCGAAGCGGCCCGUGACCUGUGAACAGGGCUGUGGCCUGGAGAUGCCCAAAGAUGAGCUGCCAAAUCACAAUUGCAUUAAGCACCUGCGCUCCGUGGUGCAGCAGCAGCAGACGCGAAUCGCAGAACUGGAGAAGACAUCGGCUGAACACAAGCACCAGCUGGCGGAACAGAAGCGAGACAUCCAGCUGCUGAAGGCUUACAUGCGUGCGAUCCGCAGCGUCAACCCCAACCUUCAGAACCUGGAGGAGACAAUCGAGUACAACGAGAUUCUCGAGUGGGUGAACUCCCUCCAGCCUGCUAGAGUGACCCGCUGGGGAGGGAUGAUCUCCACGCCUGAUGCCGUGCUCCAGGCUGUAAUCAAGCGCUCGCUGGUGGAAAGUGGCUGUCCAGCCUCUAUUGUCAACGAGCUGAUUGAAAAUGCCCAUGAACGGAGCUGGCCCCAGGGUUUGGCCACACUAGAGACGAGACAGAUGAACCGGCGCUACUAUGAGAACUACGUGGCCAAGCGCAUCCCUGGCAAGCAGGCCGUUGUGGUGAUGGCCUGCGAGAACCAGCACAUGGGUGACGACAUGGUGCAGGAGCCGGGGCUCGUCAUGAUAUUUGCGCACGGUGUGGAGGAGAUCUGAGAGAGCGUGACUGGCUGCCAGGAGAGGUAGAAUUGGAGAGCCCACUGCUCCAGCCGCUGAACCCUGAGUUCUCCCUGUCCUUAUGUCAUGGCUUGUAAUUGAGCCACACACUUCCUGCUUUUCUGGCACGAAGGACCUUGGGGCACUUUGGUCAGCUUUUCAGUGGGUGAGCUCAAAUUCCUGCCUGUUGCCAUAUUCAUUCCCCCAAAUGUCUGUAAAGUUUCAGUCUGGGUGGAGAAAUCCCCACUUCUGUAUUCUCCUGCCUAAGAUCCCUGGCUCCCAAACAUUUUCAGAAAGCACAAAGACAUUUGUUUUCCCUAGAGGAUCAGGGCGGAGUAAGGAAUCUCUAACUGUCCCUUUCCUCUGAAACCUCUGAAACCAGGGCAUCCGAGCAGGCGGGCUCAGCCUCUUAGUAAGCAGCGAGAUCAGGACCUGCUCACCACGGACGGCUCUUGGGGAAGACUGGAGGUCUGCCGAGUGCACCCCUCUGCAGCCCCCUGGCCGUGCAGGCCAGGACACUGAGAUGCCCAUUGAACUCUCCUUUCCCACCCGUUUUCAUAAUUAUGGAAGGGCGGGCAGGGCUGGGGUGGAGGUUAGACUUUGGGGUUCAUACACUCAGCAGGAAAGCAGGAAGCUGCUGUCUGGCUCUGCUGACUAGGAUAGGUACUGCCUCUCAUGGAUGUCCGUGGUACCUCCAUAGGCCCCUCCCCAGCCCUGUGAUUGCAGUGAGUUUGAGUUCCUUCAACACUGUUUAUAUUCGCAGUCACAAGUCCCUUCUGUUACCCACUUUUGUUUUCAUAGAAUGGCCUGAUUAUGGCUCUCCUGCUCUCCAGCCAGGCCACAUUGUUGGCAAUUUAAUUUAUUUACUUUUUUUUUUAAGAAAGGAAAAAAAAAGAAAAAAAAUCAAAACUUAAAACCUUUUUUUUGCUGCUCCUAUUGUGGGGAUUCCGGGUAGGGUGGGUUUGGGUAGGACCUGUUUUAUAUGUUUCCUUUCUAGCACAGUCUUUGGUCUGAUACCUGCUCUAACCACCCCCCUCCCCUGGCACCCUAUCUGAGGCAAUACCUGUGUCCCAUGAAGAAUUUGCUCCUGCCCUCCUGGUCUUGUGAAAACCCUAGAAUCGGCAUGUACAUUUUGAAGGCGACUCUUCUCCCGUUUCCUGAGGAAACUUCUGUUUAUCUGGGUCUUGACCUUCAAAUGGGGCACAAAUCACAUGUCUCCAAGUGCAGCCUGAAUGCACUGCCUGACCCGGAUCCAUUGCUGGGUCCCUGUGUGACUGUAGGGUGAGCAAGGAGGAACAGUAGGUUGGAGUGCGGAUGGCGGUUUCUGGGCUCCCCUUCACCAUACAGUAGCUUCUCUCUGGGGGUUUCAUUCCAGGCAGCUGUUGGUCUACGUAGUUGAGUCAUGGCUCCCUUAGGGUUGGGGUGGAGGUCUAUAUCUUGAGGACCUUAAGGAGAAGGCAGGUGUUCCAGCUCCAGGACACUGCUCAGGUAUUUGAAAGGCUGCUGUAAUUAGUUGGAUUACUACAUUUCUUCAUUCCUCUUUGCCCUGCCUGCCUCAUCCAGGCCCACACUGUCCUUCCCUAACUCUCGGAUGAGCGAGGAGGCCAAAGCUUCCAUGCCCUCUGCACCGGUGUCUGCCCUUCUCUGCUGUGCUCUCUCUGCUGUCCGUGUGUUCCUGCACUAAUAAAUCUUUCACUCAACUUUAAA